AUGCCAAUCGAGGCAUUGCCAGAGACCACGACACGGGCUCUUGGCUCGACACUUGUUCUCAAUGACGCAAAAUCAGUCGUCAAAGAACUUGUCGACAACGCCCUCGAUGCUCGUGCCACGGCCAUCAGUAUCGAAAUCUCCAGCAACACUAUAGACACCAUCCAGGUCAAGGACAAUGGAACCGGCGUCGAUGUACAAGACAGACAACUUCUGUGCAAAAGAGGUUGCACUUCAAAAAUCAGGUCUCUACAUGAUCUCAGUCGCCUUGGAGGUACAUUUUUGGGGUUCCGCGGUGAAGCCCUUGCCAGCAUGGCAGAACUGAGCUCAGUUGUGAGUGUAACGACACGAGUGGAGGGCGAAGUUGUCGGGACGGCCCUGGAGUACACGGCUGCGGGCUUGAAGAGUUCCGCUUCAGCUUCUCAUCCGGUUGGCACAACGUUUCGAGUGCAAGAUUUCCUCACCAAGAUCCCGGUGCGGAAACAGACGGCACUGAGAGGCGCCACCAAAACACUACACUCUAUCAAAAGCCUUCUUUUCACGUAUGCCUUUGCCCGGCGUGACGUUCGAUUCUCUCUAAAAGUCCUCAAAGCUAAGAACGAAAAAUCGGACUGGAUCUACGCUGCUAGUCGAAACGCUUCUUUGAGUGAAGUUGCUACCAAGAUUGUAGGAAAGGAGAUCGUAUCGGAAUGCAAGCCAUACAGACUCUCUCCGACUGAGGACGAGGAAGGCAUCGAAGAUGGUUGGUCGCUCGAUACACUUCUUGUUUCUCCAGAUGCAGACGUCGUGAAAACCCGGAGUGGUCCGCAGUUCUUAUCGGUGGAUGGCCGGCCUGUCAGUACAGAACGAGGUAUAAUGAAGGAGAUUGUCAAGAGCUAUAAACGCCAUGUUCACUGUAUUUUACCCAAGUCCACCUCCGUAUCUCGGCCCUUUCUUUGCAUGCAGAUACGGUGUCCUCCUGAAAGCUACGAUGUAAACGUUGAGCCUGCAAAGGAUGAAGUCCUCUUUUUCCGACCAGACAUCCUCUUGUCUUUGGUUGAGCGUCUUUUUAAGACGGCGUACGGUGAUUUCGACACAACCACCACAGGAUCUCCUGGGCUGGAAUAUCCAGAAGUCACCAUUACGUCUGCUCCGAAUACAGAUGCCGCAGACUUGCAAGAUGUGGGGACAUCGACUCUAAUGGACCGAGAAGCAUCUCCUUUGGCCUCCUCAGAGAUCGGAGACAGUUUUGGAGCGACCACGAACCCAUUUAGCAUUGCCGCCAUGAACAAGAUAGUCUUGCCGAGAAAGAUGGACGAAUAUGCGGAAGCCACAGCAACUUCAGCCUUUGGGGCGAGACUUCCAGCACGUGGACCUGGCAUGUAUACUCCAGAGCUUCUGCGUGAUACCCACAGACCAGAGUCGGGACAGCAAGAACAACUUCCAUCUCCCAUAUCUGAAGCCGGAUCCGAUGUCUUGCCUUAUCAGAACCCAGGGCCUCCGAAGAGACCUUGGCCUCGGAAGAAUCGACAGAUCUCGGACAUGAGUUCUGAUCCUCGAAACCAUCACGAGAUCGACGAUACCCCUGGGUCACAGCAGAUGGGAUUGGAGACGUGGCUGACGCCGCAGAACCAGCUACAAUCAUCGAUUUCUCAAGCUGCGCAUCGGAUGGCCCAAGGUCGAACUCUACCAACUCAUCAUGAUAUCGUUUCAGCUCCGACCCAGACUGGAAAUAGGACGGGGAAUUCCCAACGAACCCCAAUCGCUGGUGGAAGGCUUCAGUCUGGAUCCGGACAAAAGCCCUUUAAGUCCCCUUUCAAGCGAGCUAUGCAUGCAUCUUCACAGUCGUCGCUCGACUCAGCCACACCUUUCAAUGAUUACGGAGCACCUAGUACGGGUUUUGGUAGAUGUAUGGAGGUUGGCGUCCAGUCUUCGCCACAAAGAGUCAGAGAUCACCGAGCUUCUGAAUCAGACGAGGGUCUCUCUCCGGGGUCUGCUGAAAGUCCGGUAGAAUUAGCUGAACCAGUUGAUUCUCUCAUGCUCAGAUCUGAGCUGUCUGAAAUUAUGGAUUUCGAGCAGAGGAAAAAGGCCGCAAUCGCUCAUCAAAGGAAACUCGCAGCCAAGUAUCCAUCGACGUCACUUCGGGAAAUUUUGCGUCAAAGGUACCGGGGUAACGAAGCUGGUCCAGAAUUAGACGGCACUGGGUCGGUUUCGGCCAGCGACUUUGAGGAUUUGUUUGCCGACUUUUCGCCAGACUCAAUAUCCAAGUCCAACAAUCCACAUCGGAAUCGCUAUCUAGCUGCCAAAAGGGGCCUCCUCUCUCAUUCUCAUCCAGAGCGAGAUGAAGUUUCGGCCACAACAACAACAGGUUCUGAUGAUGGUGAUGCCGAAGGCCGCUCUAGCGAGGACACCUGUUUUGAUCUCCCUGAACAAUUACAUCCACCUUUUGAGGAUGACGUUGACGACCCAAGAGUAUAUCUGAGCAGGCAAAGACGCCGCCAACAAGCCGGCAACUCGAAGUUAUAUCGAACCAAAUCCUCCAAACUGCCUUUUGAAACGAUACCUCCACACGCCAUGACCUUGAAACUUGCGAUAGCAUCUCGAUUUUUCAAGGACAAGCAGACGUUUGAGCGUUACGCACGGAAGCUUGGGUCAGUCGACAAAUACGUGACUUUCGGAACGAUACAAUCUGCUGAUAAUGAUAUACACGAGGCGAUGAAUGACGAUUACACAAAUACAUUACGAGAGAUGGUAAAAACGAAAUAUCGAUUCAAGAAUUCUGAGGGAAAAGAGAUUGUUCCACAUUUGAAGAUCAAUCUGACGGGAAAGAGAGUUUGA